CUGAGCAAAUCUUCGACCGGGCCUUCACUCUUCACGACCGAUUCUGAGCAAAUCUUCGACUGGGCCUUCACUCUUCACGACCGAACACGACCUCGCCGUCACGAAUCUUCACGAACCUUGCCGGAAUUUGGUUUGAAAUUAGAUUUUUUGAACACGACCCAGCGUCUUGAUGCCUUGGAGCUGUUCAGGAAGCAACAAGUGGAUUUUCUAAUUGCUACGGAUGUUGCUGCUCGUGUAAGAAUAAGAUUUUUGUUUCAUGCAGCUAAACUAGUUGGGUGCUUAGAGUGGGUGUUUGGGAAGUGGGAAUGGGAAUGA